AUGAUUCAGAAACCUGGCAUAAUGACCGAUAGCUCAACCAGUGGCCCCCAAGGAGAUCAACAAGAAUCCACAGCAUCAUUUAUUUCAAAAGAACCAACAAACAUAAAAAGUAAUAUUAAAAACAACAGUGAUAUCAAAGAUACGGAAGUUACGGUCACGAUAGAGCAACCCGAAGUAAUAAUUAAUAAUGACAAUGAUAAAGGUAAAGGAAAACAAAUUGACAUUGAAGAAUUGACAAUUGAUAUCGAAGAAAAUAACGGGAACGAAUGGACCGAA